UUCAUGCAACCAGCCUGUUUCCUGCAGGCAAAUGCUUUGUCAAAGAGGAAAUGACAUCACAGCACCCAAACCGGCCACAAACACACUGAAACCAGAUGAGGACCAAAUGUCUUUCAGGUGUCUUUUGACUUCGGCCGGCGCGACACGGCUCAGCCUCUGAGGCAAAAACCAGCCGGCCGUGAAACAGCUUCUGGACGGCACUCAGAAGAAUGUCAGCCGGACACAACGAGACUGCCCGAGAGCCUCCACGUCCAAGUGGAACUGCAGCUUUUUUCUCAAACCCUUUGAUGAGUGAUUUUGAGUCAGACUGGUCCCCAAUACACGAUGCUGCCUAUAAUGGACGUGUGCUCACUCUGCAGAGACUCAUUGCUCAGGGCACGCGUGUGAAUCUGAACACUCUGGACCAGGUCUCUCCUCUCCAUGGAGCGUGUUCACAGGGCCACGCGGCGUGCGCCAAGCUUCUGGUGGAGCGUGGUGCAAAUGUCAACGGUUCCACGGUUGAUGGGCACACUCCCCUGUCAGAGGCUUGUGGCUGCGGUCAUGUGACCUGCGUAUCGCUGCUCCUUCAACAUGGGGCAACUCCCCUGGGGACCACCCCAACCAGCUCCCCACUCCACAGGGCUGCAGCCAAAGGUCAUUCAGAGUGCAUCCAGCCUCUCGUCCAGCACGGUGCGGACGUCGAUCAGUUCAUCGCCCCGUCGGGGUUCCCUCUCCACGUCGCCUGCUCGCAUCAGCAUCUGAGUUCUGUGAGGAAGCUGCUUCAACUGGGAGCCACAGUGAACAGCAGGGUGUCCGGGGCCUCGCCGCUGCACAUCGCCGCCGGCCUGUCGGACCCCGAGAUGGUGUCGCUCCUGCUGGACCACGGGGCCGACCGCGGCCUCCGGGACUCGGAGGGCAAGCGGCCGGCGGACGUCGCUCCUCACGACAGCCCGGCGGAGCGGCUGUUGAGACGAGCGGGAGGAGCCCCUCCUCUCAUGCAGCUGUGCCGGCUGUACAUCAGGAACACGGCGGGCAAGCAGAGGCUGGGCGCCAUUCACGACCUUCCCCUCCCUACGCAAGUGAAACAGUAUCUUCUCUACCAAUCGGAGCCACUAGGGGGCGCUGUUGCAUAAUGUUGCAGUGAGAGGACCAUCACCUGCUCUCUGUUACGAACAGAGACUCUCAGGAUCAAUCUGCACUUUCAUGUGAAAACAUAGAGCAAGGUUUUAAGUAUUCAUAAACCACAACAUACAUGCGUAUUAAAAAAGGAGAAUGUGGGCUUGAACUGUUUAUUAAAUGUUGCGCCGUUAAUGUUAAAUCAGGUUUAACAUACUGAAACAAUAUUAAAUAGAUUAAAGAGGUCUCCACAUUCAGCUAAUAUUGAAUAUUUUUCCUCAGACCAACAUGAAAUAUUGUUCAUAUCUUGUAGAUGUCGUCCCUGCAGACAAGUAUUUAUUGUUGUCGGUACUUCCACUAAAUAUAAGUAAUCUCCAGUUGAGUCAUUUCAAAACUCUGAUUGUUGAAGCUGAACACGCCAAUAAUGAUCUCAGAUGACCACGACAUGAUAAAAUGUGUUUUGUUCUGCAAUUAUCAUGAUUAAAUAAUUCAAAUGAGGCACAUUUUGAUGAUUUUAAAUGAAAGAUAUCGCAGGUGGCUUCCUGAGGCUGGACAGGAACAACUUUAUUGUGUCAUAUAUGGCUGGAUGGCUGCCAAGUGAAAUAAUAAUAAGUCAGAUAAAUGAGUGUAGAUAGAAGCGAUGAUUCAGCAUCCAGCACACAAGCAGGUUCGAAAACCACACGUUUUUAAUUUAAUUUAGAAUUAAAUAAAAACUCUUAGUUUUGAACAGUAAAUAACUAAUAAGUUAAUAUGAUACACUGAUAUUUUAUACAUACAAUUGUUAUAAUCCAGGUGUCUUUAAAACAUGUGCUGUAAGAUUACAGAUUACAUUUAAAGUCAAAAUAUAUAAAUGUAUCUGCAUAUGGACUGAAGAAACCCACCGAAUAAACAAAGAAUCUCA